CAAGACCAGAAUAGAGAGAGAGGGACCACCCCCGACAGGUUCGCCAACCUCCAGCCCUCACUGGUUCGACCCUCCUGAGCGUUCCGCGGGCGCUGGGACCUUGAGCUUCACAGAACUUGAUCAGCUGACCCGGCGGCACCUUUGGAGGCGGCGCCGUCCGAGGGGCUGUAAGGAGAGACCCGGCGCCGCAGCGGCAGAGGCCCGCCCCGCGGCUCGCUGCCACCACCACCACCACCUCCAGCCCAUCCCGCGGCACCCGGUGCCGCCCCAGCACCGCAGCUAGCGCUGCAGGCUCAUGGCAGUGACGCAGACGCCGCGCUGCGUGGAGCUGCCGCACGGCGGGGGGCACUAUGUGCUUGCCAACGCCCGUGUGCCUCAGGGGUGCGUGGAGGGCGGCGUGCCCGCCAGCACCCACGUGUGUGUGGACAACCUGGCUGAGCUGGACAUCGAGGUGAAGGGCGGCCAGGUGGCAGCGCUGUACCCUGCGGGAGGCGCGGCGCAGCACACCAGCGCACGGCGCGUGGACCUGCGCGGCAAGAUGGUGCUGCCCACGUUUGCCGACCUUCACACGCACAUCGACAAGGGGCACACCACGGAGCGCAGCCGCAACCCCGAUGGCAGCCUGAGCGGCGCCGACCGCAGCACAGCGCGCGACGCCGCCUUUUGGGACGAGUCCGAUGUGUGCCGCCGCAUGGACUUCAGCCUGCGCUGCGCCUACGCGCACGGCACCUCCGCGCUGCGCACCCACCUCAUCAACAUGACCCCCAAGCAGACGCAGCUCACCUGGCCCGCCUUCUCCCGCCUGCGCGCCAAAUGGGCGGGCCGCGUGGAGCUGCAGGCGGUGUCGCUGGUGGUGCUCAGCUUCUUCCGCGACGCCGCCGCCGCCGCCGCGCUGGCAGACCUGGUGGCCGCGCACGGGGGCAUCCUGGGCGCCGCCGUGUGCUGCGCGGAGAAGGGGGGCGACCCCUCAGAUGAUUGGACCACCUGCGAGGGCGACCGGGACGAGCUGCUGGACCGCAUCUUCACUCUGGCCAAGGAGCGGGACCUCGACCUCGACUUCCACACAGACGAGAACGGCAACGAGCUGGCGCGGGGGCUGCGGUACGUGGCGCAGAAGGCGGUACAGCACGGCUACCAGGGCCGCGUCGUGUGCGGGCACUGCUGCUCGCUUGCUUUCCAGCCGCCUGAUGAGCUGGCCGCGACGCUGGAGGUGGUGCGGCGGGCCGGGGUUACGGUGGUCAGCCUGCCACUGGUCAACCAGUGGACGCAGGACCGCAGCCACUGCGGCGGCCGCACGCCGCGCUGGCGAGGCGUCACGCUGCUGCACGAGCUGCGCGCGGCCGGCAUCCCCACCGCCAUCUCUUCAGACAACGUGCGCGACCAGUUCUACGCCUAUGGCGACCUGGACAUGCUGGAGGUGUUCACCCAGAGCUGCCGCAUGGCGCACCUGGACCGCCCCUACGGCGACUGGCCGCAGGCGGUGACCAGCAUACCAGCCGAUGCCAUGCACCUGCCGCAGCACGGCCGCAUCGCCGUAGGCCUGCCCGCCAACCUGGUGGUGUUCCGGGGCAGGCGCUUCUCGGAGCUGCUGUCGCGGCCGCAGUACGACCGGGUGGUGGUGCGCGACGGGGCGCCCUUACAGGUUGCCCUGCCAAGCUAUGAGGAGCUGGACUAUGUGCCGCAGGCCAUCAAGACGGGUGGGUGGCCGCAGGCGGUACCGUACUGCCUGCCGACCGUACUGCCAGGCCGGGCCCCGCACGGCGGCUGGUGCCCAGCAAGGGCCCAGCCUGCCACGCCACCCGUGACCGCAAGCCUGAUCGUCACCUCCGCCCCGCUCCCCUCCCACCCUCGCCCGCUGCAGGCGACGUGCCUGUGCUGUCAGUGGAUUAUGAGGCAGAUGGAGCGGCCGUGGUGA